UCUCAAUAUGUCUCAAGAUGGCGGCCAAUGCAGGAUCGAUGUUUCAAUAUUGGAAGCGCUUUGACUUACAACAACUACAGAAAGAACUAGACACCACCGCCACACAGCUUGCCAACAGACAGGACGAGAGCGAACAGUCCAGGAAGAAACUAAUCGACCUGAGCCGCGAGUUCAAGAAGAACACACCAGAGGAUUUACGGAAACAGGUUGCCCCUUUGCUCAAGAGCUUCCAAGGAGAGAUCGAUGCCUUGAGUAAGAGAAGUAAAGAAGCAGAGGCCGCCUUCUUGAACGUGUACAAGAAAAUAAUCGAUGUCCCAGAUCCUGUACCUGUGUUGGAGCUGGCUCAGCAGCUGCAGCUGAAGCUCCAGAGGAUGCACGACAUUGAGACGGAGAACACCAAACUUCGAGAGACACUGGAGGACUACAACAAAGAGUUUGCAGAGGUCAAAAACCAAGAGGUGACCAUUAAAGCCUUGAAGGAGAAGAUCCGUGAGUAUGAGCAGUCUCUGAAAAAUCAAGCUGAGAACCUGGCCCAAGAGAAGCAGCUCCAGCUACACAACGACUAUGCAGAGAAGGAGAGGAAACUCCAGGAGAGCCAGGACUCCAUGUCCUCAAGGUUGGAAGAGGCUGAACACAAGGCCCAGUCCCUACAGACAGCACUUGAAACAACUCAGGCCGAGCUCUUUGAUUUGAAGACAAAGUAUGACGAGGAAUCCACAGCAAAGGCCGAUGAGAUUGAGAUGGUGAUGACAGACCUGGAAAGAGCCAAUCAGCGAGCAGAAGCAGCUCAGAGAGAGGCGGAGUCACUCAGAGAGCAGCUGUCCUUGAGUAACCAAUCCCAGCAGCUCAGCAGCCCAGCCAAGGCCGACCCUGACACGGAACAGGCGGCGGAGGUGGCAUCCCACUCAAAUCUGGAGGCGGAGCUCAGGGCCAAAGAAAGGGAGACCGCCCAGCUGGUGGAGGACGUCCAGAGACUGCAGGCCAGCCUGACCAAACUCCGAGAGACCACCAGCUCCCAGAUCACACAGCUGGAGCAGCAGCUCAGCAGCAAGACUGCCAUCCUCAAGGAACUGGAGGAGAAACUGCAGAAGCAAGCUGACUAUGAGGAGGUGAAGAAGGAGCUGAGUAUCCUCAAGUCUAUGGAGUUUGGAACGUCCGACUCUGUGCAGGAUUCAUCCAAACCUCUGGAGGUGCUGUUGCUGGAGAGGAACCGUAGUCUUCAGUCUGAGAGCGCUGCUCUGCGCAUCGCCAACACAGAGCUCAGCGGGUCAGCCGGGCGAAAAGGGACAGAAGAGUCUACAACGAAGGAGGAGACCAUGCCCAGCGAUCCCUCUUCCUCGCCCCCUCCUCCCCCUCCCUCUCUUCCUUCCUCCUCUCAGCUCCCCCUGUCUCGCACUCAUACGGACCCCCUCAACACUGCCACCACCACCAGCAGCGGCGAAACACACCCUUUCACUCCUACGGGCAUUGGACAGGACUUCUACUCCCCUGUGUUCCCUCUGGUGGGUGGUAAGAUGGCUUUGAACUCCCUGAUCCAGCGGCAGCUGCUCCAGACCUUCUACUCCAAAGCCUUGCAGGAGUCGUCUGGAAUCCCCAGUGGGGCUCUACUGUUCACCCCCUUCACUCCAACCCUCAGCUCCAUCCCUACCUCCACCCCUGGCUCUGGGUCUGCUGCCAUCCCUCUGGCAGCCAGCAGCCCCCAGCCACCUCCAGCCAGCCCAGACAUGGCUCCUGUUAAUGGGAGCAGCACCGCUGGCAGCGCCCCUUCCCCUUCACCCAGCCAUUCUGACGCCACCACAGGGAGUGUUUUGGACGGGGAGGACAUGGACACAGCAGAGAUUGCCCGACAGGUGAAAGAGCAGCUGAUCAAGCAUAACAUUGGUCAGCGUGUGUUUGGCCACUAUGUGCUGGGACUGUCCCAGGGUUCGGUCAGUGAGAUUCUGGCCAGACCAAAGCCGUGGAACAAGCUAACCAUCCGGGGGAAGGAGCCCUUCCACAAGAUGAGACAGUUCCUCGCUGAUGAGCAGAACAUCCUUGCACUGCGCAGCAUCCAGGGACGGCAGAGAGAGGGCUCAGGCCAGCCCCAGCUUAGCCGAGUGUUUCAGGAUGUUCCGAAGCGGAGAGCCCUCUCCGAUACAGCUUCACACACAGGAAACAUUACUGCCCGUGUCCGCACCCCAGAGGCGGGUUCAGAUGAGGCUAUCAAGUCCAUUCUGGAGCAGGCGAAAAGGGAGCUGCAGGUGCAGAAAGCUGACUUGUCCCAUGUUCAGCCCUCAUAUGCAGGACUGAAAGGAGGGGGUGGAGGUGGAGUAGGAGGGGGAGGGGGCAGUGGAUCAGAUGAGGCCAUCCGCUCCAUCCUAGAGCAAGCUCGCAGAGAGAUGGAGGCCCAGCAGGCAGCACUGGAGCCCAUCCUCAAAGCCUCGUCUUCCUCUUCCUCAGUAUCACUAUCUCAGAGGGACCUCCUGAACUCUCCGCUCACCGCCCCCCUACCACCUUACAACCCCCUGGCACUCUCCCUCAAGAAGCCUCCCAGCUCCCUCUUGUCCUCGCCCUCAUCCCCAUCUCCAGUGCUGGACUUCAGCUCCAGCGUGAAGAAAGAGGGCAGGGCUUCUUCAGGGAUUGACAUGUCUAUUGAUGGAGCUCUCAGGCUGGGUCGGAGCUCUGAGGGCUCAGCGCGCUCUGGAGGUUCUGGGGGAGUGGGUUACUGGAGAGAGCAGUGGUGGAGCAACAUGCAUACAGACCCUCGAAGGACCAUAUCUGGCCAAACAGGAGAGGAGAACCACAACCAGGAGGAUUCCAAAGAGGGAAUAUUGAGUGACAGUCUGUCUCGACACAAACCAUGGAACAAGUUGAACCAGAGGAGCAGAGAGCCAUACCUCCGCAUGCAGCCGUGGCUCAAUGGAGACCAGGGGCAAAACACACACAUCCAGCAAGCUCAGAACCAAGCAGAGGGUACUCCCAAGACAUCAGCAAGCUGCAGCCCCGCUCCAGAGUCGCCCCUGAGUUCAACUGAAGAGUCUGUCAAUGGUCUCACCGGGGAUCCACUCAGCUCACAGUCCUCCAGUCUCAAGCCUCCGUCUGACGAUCCCUCAGGUGGGGAGUCUCAGCCCAGUACCCCACUGCCUCUACCUGGUCACUCGGGUCUCAGCAUCCAGGAGAUGGUCGCAAUGUCUCCUGAGCUCGAUACUUACGCUAUCACCAAGAAGGUUAAGGAAGUGCUGACAGAUAAUAACCUUGGCCAGCGUCUGUUUGGGGAGACUAUCCUGGGUCUGACUCAGGGUUCUGUCUCAGACCUGCUGGCCAGGCCCAAACCCUGGCACAAGCUCAGCCUGAAAGGCAGGGAGCCCUUUGUCCGCAUGCAGCUCUGGCUCCAGGACCCACACAGUGUGGAGAAACUCAUGGACAUGAAACGCUUGGAGAAGAAAGCCUACAUGAAGAGGCGGCUGAGCUCCUUGAGUGAUAGCCAUUCUGUGGAUGGGGGCUUGGUGGGGACAGAUUAUGUGCAGGGCUCCCAGAGUCCGGGACAGCAGCAGCUGAAGAAGCCCAGGGUGGUUCUGGGCCCCGAAGAGAAAGAGGCCCUGAAAAAGGCUUACCAGCAGAAACCCUAUCCCUCCCCCAAAACCAUUGAGGAGCUGGCCUCCCAGCUCAACCUGAAGACCAGUACUGUCAUCAACUGGUUCCAUAAUUACAGGUCACGUAUACGGCGAGAGCUUUUCAUAGAGGAGAUCCAGGCGGCUGGAGGGGUAGGGCCUGGCAGUGAGGGGGGAUCUCCUUCCCUCCGUGGGUCCAAAUCAGGAGAGGGGGACAGCUGUGAUGGGACGGAAUCUGAGGGCACAGUGGAAACACGCCAGGGACUGGGCAUUGGUCUGGAGGAUCACAGAGGAGCAUGCAAAGACCACGACAUGGAGGCUGAGUCUGAGGCAAGGGGCUCUAAUAACUCCCCUGCUCAGAUAGACUGCACCACCUCAGGCUUAGCCGGGCCAGGCUCCAGCUGUGGACAUGGUGGACUGGGGCUCUUCAGCCUCACAGAGGCAUCCUCUAGUAGCCAUGCCUCUAGUACUAACAUCCCAGCCUCUGGCCCUGCCAGAAACCCCAGGGACAACAAUCUGCGCAAGAAGAAAGCAGCCAAUCUCAAUAACAUCAUCCACAGGCUGGAGAAGGCUGCCAGCAAAGAGGAUCCCUCAGAGUGGGAGUUCUAGCUCCACCUGACCAUCCUUCAUCCCUCUCGUUUCAUAACCUCACGACCUCUAACCUUGGACCCCUCCUGCUCUGUUCCAGUUGGAGAGUGGACACAGCCAAAGUCAAGCUCAGCAGCCAUUUUUAUUACAUAGAAGCUUUCCGAAAAGAGGAAAGAAACAAAGAGUGGUUGGCAAAACCCUUAAAAGAAGAUUUACUGAAUACCUAGAAGAACAAAAUAAGAGAACUUAAGUGUCUCUCCUGUUUUUUUUAAACUGAGUUUUGUUUUUGUACUGAGAAAAGCACUUAGCCGUCCUGCUGGCCUCCGGCCCUGCUGUACCUCCCCCUAUCACCAGCCACUGGUGCACCAGACUGGUUAGUCCUGAGCUGGGGUCUGACCCACAGCUGGGGUUGAAACCUGGACUCAGUAACACAGGCAAGGCCUGACACAGCAGCUGUCACAGUGAUAGACACUGAUAGAUGAUAGAUAGAGACAGGAACUCUCUUACAAGAACUCUCACUUUCUUAAAGGAGAUUUUUUCCGCUCUUCUUCUCACCUCCCAAGUGUCCACAAACCUCCCCUCACUCAGUGAGACGCCUCAUUUUUCACACUGUAGAGUGACUGUUACAAGCCCUUUGCCUUUUUCACUCACUGCGUGUGUGUGUGUGUGUUUGUAUGUUAGGGGUUGUGUCAGUGUGCACCUGUGUGUGUGUAUACACACCCAAAAAAUGGUGUGUGCGCGUGUGUGUGUGUAUUCUCUUCUCAAUGGCAGCAUGUUUUCUUUUUUAUCUCACUCCUCCACUCUUAAGAGGGUAGUGGAAGGCCUGCCGGCUGAGCUGCCAUGGUUACUGAUCUAAGAAAGAUGAACUUUGACCUGUUGUGUCCCAUAUGCUAUCCUGCUGACAGCCAUGUGAUGGCCAGAAGGAUCUCUAAUUCCUCACAAACACACGCACUCAUCUGAAGAGGAAGGAAGGAAGGAACCCUCUUUUUGCCUCCUUAAACCCUUCUUUUAAGGAUGAAGGAUGAUCUCUUUUUUGAUAUUGCAAUUUGGUUGCCAAUAAGAGAUUGCACAGUCUAAUGACUCUAAAGAGUACAAAAUAGGGAAUUUUAGGAAGCAUUUUUAAUUAGUAUAAAAUAAGAACAGAAAAUAAGAGAAUAACAAGUUACUGUUUUUAAAAUAAAAAAAAACAAAUUAGAAUGGAAUAAUGUUGCAUUGUUGAAAUACGAUACAAUGAAUUUCACGUAGUACUGUAGCUGUCUGACAUGGUGAUACUAUACGUGUCUCUUGUUGUUUUAGGUUGUGCACGUCACAGCGUUUGCCCAGCACUGGACCUGCUGGGUGUGCGUGUGUGUGUGUGUGUUUGUGUGUGUUGUGUGUGUGUGUGUGUGUGUGUGUGUGUGUGUGUGUGUGUGUGUGUGUGUGUGUCUGCACCACCGACAAAUUUUCUCUGUUCACAAACACACAUCUUUUUAUAGGCCAAAUCAGGAAGAGUGUGUGUGCGCGUGCGUGUGUGUUUGUAUGUCUCGUGUGCAUUUGUAUUUGCCUGCAUGUAAGUCAGGGUCGAGGUCAAUUCACUCAGAGUUAAAUUUAAGAAGUAGAUUAUUAAUAAUGAAAUUCUUGACUGAAAAAAAAUGGGUUCUAGCGAAUGAAUUGCAAUGUACAGUACUUGAUUAAUCUGUACUUUCUGUUGAUUGCCGUUGAAGUGAAUUCACCCCAAUCCUGGUGUGAGUAGUUACCACUCUCCUCCAGUCUAUCCUGUAUCCAGGGAUGUAAGUCUUUUGCAUUGAAUUCUACUGUAUACACUACAAAUUAUAAGGCAUAUCACCUCCUCCCUGUCCCACACAAGCCCUCAGUGCCUGUCAGCCCACUGCCUCCCCUUUGUGUGUGUGUGUGUGUGUGUGUGUGUGUGUGUGUUUGCGUGCGAGUUUGUGUGGGUGCAUGUACACGCAUGCCUGUCAAUACAUGCGUGUGCACAAGUGUGUGUGCGAUUGAGGAGUGUUCAGUGUUUCCAAUGAGUGGGGUCAUAUUUCGUAUCUACUUGCACACACUACUAGUGCACAACUGACACCCUUCUUUAAGCUGUUUGAUGCGUUACCAUUACAUUAAUCUUCUCACAAAGUAGUGUAAUACUAUGAUUUACUGUAGCUUGGUUUUAUUGCUAUUUUGCAUUUAUAGUUUGGUUUUUAUUCUGCUUAUUUAUAGGUGCUGUAUUUUUCAUUUAAUGUCUUAUCAUUUGAGUUGUCUAUUUUUUAAGGGAUUAUACUGUUCCUGAGGGCAAGUAACAUUUUUAUUAGACGUAUAGACUGCCGGCAGUAUUGGUUAAUAUUUACAAAGAUGUACUAGUUCUCAUUUGUUUGUAUAUUCAUGAAUCCUAAAGUUUAGUGUCAUUUCAAUAGCUUUGAAAAAAUGUGUUUGCUACAGUUCAUGCUCCCGUAAGCAUAAAGCUUUUACCACAACAGUUAUGCUCUUAAAUUGCUAGCUAGAGAAUCAAAGGACAUAUCAAGAUCAGUGAAUAUAUGAUAGCAUAUCUCUUUUCCUGUUUUCUAUUCUCCGAUAAUGGGUUCUUUUUUUUUUGGCUGUUUCUUGGGCAAGCCCAACACUAACACUCGGCAGGGCAUGCAGCUUUCUUUAGACAGAGUUCGCCCACUCGUUAACCACGUUAACAUAAUUAACAGGUCCAAAUGUAUACACUUUGUCAAAUAGGUCAAAUGAAAUUACCUAAACUUGAGAACACAUGUUAACUUGAAAGAGGUCAUAUCUGCCAAAUUGAGAUUAGAGAAGUGUACCAGCUAGCAGGUGUGCUAUGCCAGAUUGAACAGAUAGCCAGCCUAUGAUUAUGCAGAAUUUAUAUUGCAGUCCGUAACAAAGCACUUAUUAGGAUCUUUUUUGAAGACUUAACCUAGGACAGGGUCUGUAAACACUACAGCUGAAUAUGGUCCCAGAAUCCUGGGAGAUGUAUGCCUUUUUUAAAAGUGGUUGUGAACCAAGCACAGACUCUUAUCCACAUUCUAACACUAAAAAAAUGAAAACAUAAGAUAGCUGUACCCCUGUUUUCUACAUGAUAAACUGCAUUCAUAUACAGCAGCCCCUCAUUUCAAACUAAAGAUGACUGUGUGACAGAAAGACAUUGUCCUGUACAGUUGUAGAUAUUAUGAGUAAACACCUGUUUUGGUUUCUAUCCAAAAUCUCCUCAGUCCAUCCUCAAGCCUCCCCUUUCCCUGAAUCUACGUCCAGAUAUAUUGGUCGCCUGUCAAAAGAUAUUGAUAACCUCAUUGCACUGCAUUAAGGUGCAUUAGUUAAAAUUGGAUUUCCUAAUGCAUCUAAUAAUUGUAAGGUUCCUCAAACAUUGGCUCUUUCUGUGGACGACUGAUGUGAAACAUCUGUCUUCUGCAGAAUACUGAAGGCUUAUUGCCUUCUGUUGGACUGCUUGGACUGGACAACCACAGUUUGUUUUAUGGUGAUGAAUAGCUACUGUAAAGUAUAAGCACUUAAUCCAUUAGCCAUUUUAUAGCCAGAUCCAUCAACUCACCUAAACCGUGUGAGAUCAUCAGAUUUGUGCCUUUAACUGCCAAGCAGGGCACCAAACUAGUGAUGUCAUUAGAUGUAGACGAUUUCACCUGAUUUGUUCAUAAUCUGUCCGACGUCUUGAUCCAGAUUUAUUUCUCACACACUUCGUCGUGGUACUUAAAAGUCGACUUUUCUCAGCUCUCUGGAGAGGGUUGUAUAUAAUUGCUGGAGUGCAGUGAAACAGUAAAAAAGAGAAAACGGACUUGUGCAUUCUUAUGACUGACCUGCAGACGUGUUUCGGUCCGGGUCAUAUUUCAGACAGUUGUUUUCCCACAAUGCAUUUCUUACGUUGUACAUAACCUAACUAGCAGCGAAAGGCCAGAGCAUUGAAUGAAGGAGGAAGCAUGCAGAAACAGCGUACACUGUAAUAACACUGAAUUUAUUCAUAGGGCAUUUUGUAUUUUUCUGUUUGUGUCAGGUUUGCUGUGACAUUAAUAACGGCACUACAGGUAUUGAUAAUGACGCGUGCCAAUUCUAAUGGUUAUUUGGAAAAGAGAUGUGUAAAUACAGUCGAUCAAGUAGCUAUUGAUUCACUAUUGUCACAGUAUGCUUUUGUUUGAAGGCAGGAGGAGAGAAGGGACGAUUCAGGACUUUUCCAUGAUCCACAGAUAUUUUUCUACAAAUUUAAAUCAGAUGAUUCUAUACACUGUCGAAUAACAUUGUAAAGGUGUAACAGAUGCUGUAUAUCAUAUCAUGUUUUCUGAAGUCGUAAAGCUUUACUGUAUGAUCUGUUGAAGUAGUGGUUAUUCAUUUGACAUAUUAGUUGUAAUGGAAGCCCGAACAGCAGCACUGGUCACCAUGUUCAGGAAAAAAAAAAUGAAAGAAAAGAAAAAAACCUCAGAUGUUUUUUGUAAUACUUUUAGAAUAUAUCUUAUGAAGUGGGUUUUGUAAGGAAACACUUUCCGAAUCAGUGGUGCUGUAUGCAUAGCACACUCAGUAAUACAUACACACACAAUACAGCACAAUACACUCAUCCUUUAAACUCCCCCCUCCACUUUACUUGCGUGCUUUUGGUUUUUCGCUCACCUCUCACAUUGGCUCAAGCUAAUUUUAAGUCUUAAACCAUUUCCUCUUUAUCUCUUCAGUUAUUUCAUAAUUAACUGUACAAUUUUAGCACCCAGAGAUCAGACUCUGGAACAGUAAACAUUUCAGUGAUUAGUCACAAGACUUAGAAGAGGAAGCAAAAAGCCAAAUAGUGAAAUAGUUAUCCACCUCUGUUGAAAGGUUGCUGACAGUUUUCUGUAUGUUGCUACCUAGUGUCGUCGCUUCAGUUCACCCAUAGCUUAAACCACAGUGUAGUCUGACAACCAAAUGACCUGGGGAGAUCUUCAGCCCCCCCCCACCCCCCUUUUGGAAAGCUUUAAGAUGCUUGUUGAGGCUUUAGCGAGUUCAGAGUGUUUUUAGGUGAUUUUUUUCCAACCUGUCAUCAACAAUGUGGAAGUAAUAAUUCUCAUAACUUCUCCCACUGCUUAUUUUGUGAGUGUGUGUGCGCGUACGUGUGUGUUGUAGUACAAAAGGCUGCAUGACUGUAAAGGGAUGGUUAAGAUGUUUUUUGAAAGUUGUUUCCCUAGCACUUCUGUCACUCCUGAGAUGCUUUUUUGUCCUUCGGGGUCUCCCUCCCUUUGUUUUUCCUCAUGUAUCAUUGUUUCUUUAUCUUUCUAUUUACUAAACGUAUCAUGUUGUUUGUUCUCAGCACUGUAAAACAGUCCCUUCUACAACAUUGAAAAGCAAUAUCACUGUAUGAAACGUUCACAAUGUAUUUGUUAUGAUUGACAUUUGAUUCAUCAUCAUUAUUAUUCACAUGCACCCUAGGUGUGAUAAUUGAAGUAAAUCUCUUUUAUACAAAUAUUAAAAGUGUGCUGUGGUAGUUUUUUUUUUUUCUUUGCU